AUGAUAAAGAAGGAAAGAGUAUAAGGAUAAAAGAGAGUUUGUGAGCGAAAGAAUAGCAGGCGAUAUGUCUCUGCGACCCAAACUCCUCUCUUCUUUUGUUGGAGACCGAUGUCUUUGUUCAACGCCGCCUCUUCACCAACACUUCCGCUACAACCCAGGAAGCAAACAUGUGACAUUGCAGUUAUCCAGAACGUUUUCUGGCUUAACCAACCUCUUAUUCAAUAGAAGAAAUCUAGAUGAAUUGCCAAAUGCCAAGCGUGAACGUCUAAAGCCUGGAAAAGUGUCUCCUCGUCGACCUGUUCCAGGUCAUAUACUGCGGCCUCCUUAUGUCAAAUCUAAGCAACCACCUGGAAUCGCAAGUGGACCUGAAGUGCAUGAUGAGAAGGGGAUAGAAUUUAUGAGAGCUUCUGGAAGGCUGGCAGCACAGGUUCUUGAAUAUGCUGGGACUUUAGUCAAGCCAGGCAUAACAACAGAUGAAAUUGACCAAGCCGUUCACCAAAUGAUAAUUGAUAACGGGGCCUACCCCUCGCCUCUUGGCUAUGGUGGGUUUCCGAAGAGUGUAUGUACAUCAGUGAAUGAAUGCAUUUGCCACGGAAUACCAGAUUCUUGUGCACUGAAGGAUGGUGACAUUAUCAAUAUUGAUGUUACAGUUUAUCUAAAUGGGUAUCAUGGUGAUACAUCAGCAACAUUCUUCUGUGGAGAUGUUGAUGAUGAGGCCAGACAGCUAGUUCAGGUGACUAAAGAAUGUCUCCAUAAAGCAAUUUCAAUAUGUGCACCAGGAGUGGAAUUCAAGAAAAUUGGCAAAACGAUUCAUGACCAUGCAGAUAAAUAUCGUUACGGUGUUGUUCGACAGUUUGUUGGCCACGGGGUUGGACGUGUAUUUCAUGCUGAUCCAGUUGUUCUACACUACAGGAACAAUGAUGAUGGACACAUGCUGUUGAAUCAAACCUUCACAAUUGAACCGAUGCUGACAAUCGGCAGCAGUAAUCCUAUAAUGUGGGAUGAUAACUGGACGAUCGUUACAGAAGACGGGAGCCUGUCAGCACAAUUUGAACACACAAUUCUAAUAACCCAAGAUGGGGCUGAGAUAUUGACGAAGUGUUAGAUAUGGUUUGAACUUGCCUCCUAAUCAAAAAAUUUGCAUUGGAGGAGGUAUCAUUGCAAUCCUUAUUUUAACCACUAUUGCUUCA